UAGUAAUCUCUUUUCUUUUUCGCUUCUUCUUCCAUUCAUCUCUACACUCACGGGAUAUCUUUGGGUUAAGGACUGAAUGCUUUGGUUGACACCGUUGCGACGCGGGGGGGAGACAUAUUCAUAAUGGAUGAGGAUGGUGGUGGUCGUGGUGAUGAUGACGAUUAUGAUAAAAAGCAGCGAAGCAAACUCAGAACGCCAAUUUGCGCCAGAUUCCUGACUUCCCAACCCGCUUUUCUCCCCUUGUUUCCCGCAUGCUGGUCUAUCUAUCUCUCUCUCUCUCUCUCUCUCUCUCUCUUUCUCUCUCUCUUUCCUCCCAAUCCCCUUCCCGGAGUUCGUCAUCGACUUGUUUUGAGGGGGUGCUUCAUGACUCAUACGUCAUUGGUUGAAGUUCGGACAAAUGCCCUGUCUCUCCUAUUCUUUGUUCCCCUCUCUUCUCCCGGAUCAUUCACAUAUCAACGGAGGAGAGAAGCGGAUAGAAAAGGAGACCUAGAAAAUAGGUCAACAGGACUAAAACUGAGAGUCCUGUAACAUUUUUCAAGGCAGAAAAAAAGAAAUAAGAACAAGUGAAAAAAAGUUAUUAGCAAGAAUCGGAAGGAUGACAAAAAUGCGGUUGGACGAGGAAAAC